AUGGGUCGUCUCGUACGAAUCUUGAAAGGAGAUUGGUCCAAAGAUGACGUCGGCGUUUGGCGUUUCGUGCACGAUCCUGGAGAAACUACUCUCGAAAUCUGGUCAAGGGAGAACGAAACCAUUGAGGAUUUCACUGGACUUGUUAAGGAGGCGUACGGGAUCCCACCACAAACUCCAGUUAUGUUGACGUACAAACUCCCGCGGUGGAUGCUUGUCAAUGGUGGAGAAGCUUCACCACCACAAACCUUACUCUCUUCCGGCGAUGUGGAAGUCAUGAUGAGUAUAAGAGAAUGGGACGGUUAUCAGGUCGUGUGCGUUCUAUGUGGUCCUGAAAGUGUUGCCAACUAUGGUUUUCUCCGUCGCAGUCCGUUCGUAGUUGGGGAUAUGAGUUUCCUAACUGAAGGAGUAACUGAAGAACAACACAUGGCAGCUAUUAAAGCUAUAUAUCAUCAUGAUGGGUUCGAGUGCAGUAUGAGGGUUUUACUUAGUUUAUUCACUGAGGAGCAGCAGGUUACUGUCCUCCGACUUUCUCUAGAGAUUGCUAAAGCCAGAAACACCAUUGACUUAAACGUCAACCCUUCUGCUGGUUUGGAAUUUGGCGAGAGGACUUUAGCUGAUGAAGAUAUGUGGAUCGAUGCAUAUAUAAGGGAGGAGGAUUACGCUGAAUACAGAGUCCCAGAUAAUGAAGGACUACCACAGCUACCAAUAUCGACAUGCGUUGUUGCCCCAGACAAUGAGUUUGUCAACCAACAACCCUCUCCCACCAUACCGACGUUUCAACAAGAUUUAGGAGAGCCUGGAGGUGGACCAGGUUUUUGGGAUGUAAUGUUAUCUCAAGGAAGUGCUUCCCUCGGUGGAAACUGUCUGAAUCAUCUUCCAUCAAAUGAAGUUGUUGCCCCUGAACCUAGCAACAAAUCAGUUACCUCACUUGGUGUGCAAGAUUCUUCUACUGACUCAUCUGGAAAAGCUGAUUGGAUUAGCCAUGUCAACACCCUAAAUUCUAAUGAAUUUCCUCUGUUUGUUACUCCUGGAAAGAAUGUGAAAUUUUCACAAUAUGAGAAAGGUGAAUCAUCGAAGGUACUGGAUAUUGCAAGCAAUGAAGGAGUACCUAAUAACGAGAGCUUUCGUAAUGACAUCAAUAACUCUAACUCACCUCCACUCAACUUAUGUCUAACAAUAAGUGGUAGUGGUGGCCAAGAAGGAUCCAAUUCACCCAUCGAUGUUGAGGACUCUACCUCUGAUGUGGGUGUUGGCAAUGGUGGGUCUUGA